GUCCCCGCGCGCCGCUCGGAUCCCGGCUGGAGCCGCCAUUGUUCCGCCGAGGGAGGACAGUGGGCCUUGGCGCUGGCGCCGAGACGCCGCUUAGCGGCCGCCACUGGAGACACUCCCUCCCGCUGUCCCCCUCCUCCUGGCGGCAGCGGAGUGAGGCUGACGAGGGGGAACUGGAAGCCCCCUCUCCUCCUGGCGACGGCAGCGGCCGAUCCCCGGCUUCUGCGCGAGGGGCGGCCGCGAUGAGCUCGGCCUGAGGCCGUCGGCCCGGCCCUUCCUUGCUUCCCUUGACUUCCACGGCGUCUCUGCUCAGCGUCAUCGCUCCCUCUGACGGGAGGGAAGAUGGCUGCACGGAGCUGGCAGGACGAGUUGGCCCAGCAGGCCGAGGAGGGCUCGGCCCGGCUGCGGGAAAUGCUUUCUGUCGGCCUAGGCUUUCUGCGCACCGAGCUGGGCCUCGACCUGGGGCUGGAGCCGAAGCGGUACCCGGGCUGGGUGAUUCUGGUGGGCACGGGCGCCCUCGGGCUGCUGCUGCUCUUCCUGCUGGGCUACGGCUGGGCCGCGGCUUGCGCCGGCGCCCGCAAGAAGCGGAGGAGCCCACCUCGAAAGCGGGAGGAGGCGGCAGCCGCGCCGGCCCCGGCCCCUGACGACCUAGCCUUGCUGAAGAAUCUCAGGAGUGAGGAGCAGAAGAAGAAGAACCGCAAGAAGUUACCUGAGAAGCCCAAACCGAAUGGACGGACCAUUGAAGUGGCUGAGGAGGAAGUUGUCCGAACUCCUCGAAGUGUAACAGCAAAGCAGUCAUUAGAGACAGAAAAGAAAAAUGAAAAGUCAAAGAAAAAUAAGAAGAAAUCAAAGUCAGAUGCUAAAGCAGUGCAAAACAGUUCACGCCAUGAUGGAAAGGAAGUUGAUGAAGGAGCCUGGGAAACUAAAAUUAGUCACAGAGAGAAACGACAGCAACGUAAACGUGAUAAGGUGCAGACUGAUUCUGGUUCAUUGGAUUCAACUAUCCCUGGGAUAGAAAAUACCAUCACAGUUACCACCGAGCAACUUACAACUGCAUCAUUUCCUGUUGGUUCCAAGAAGAAUAAAGGUGAUUCUCAUCUAAAUAUUCAAGUUAGCAACUUUAAGUCUGGAAAAGGAGAUUCUUCACUUCAGGUUUCUUCAGGAUUGAAUGAAAACCUCACUGUAAAUGGAGGAGGCUGGAAUGAAAAGUCUGUAAAACUGUCCUCACAGAUCAGUGCAGGUGAGGAGAAGUGGAACUCUGUUUCACCUGCUUCUGCAGGCAAGAGGAAAACUGAAUCAUCUGCUUGGGGACAAGACACUGGAGACACUAAUGCAAAUGGAAAAGACUGGGGAAGGAGUUGGAGUGACCAUUCAAUAUUUUCUGGCAUUGCUGCUUGGUCUAGUGUGGAUAGGGGAAUGAAUACCUCUGAACAGAAUUCUGCUUCUUUUGCAUCUCUCACACUUAACUCUGCUGUUUCUGGGUCUACUGCUGAGCCAGUUUCUCAGUCUACCACUUCUGAUUAUCAGUGGGAUGUUAGCCGUAAUCAACCCUAUAUCGAUGAUGAAUGGUCUGGGUUAAAUGGUCUGUCUUCUGCUGAUCCCAGCUCUGAUUGGAAUGCUCCAGCAGAAGAAUGGGGGAAUUGGGUAGAUGAAGAAAGAGCUUCACUUCUAAAGUCCCAGGAACCAAUUCCUGAUGAUCAAAAAGUUUCAGAUGAUGAUAAAGAAAAAGGAGAAGGAGCUCUUCCAACGGGGAAAUCUAAAAAGAAAAAGAAGAAAAAGAAGAAGCAAGGUGAAGAUAACUCUCCUGCACAGGACCUAGAAGAAUUAGAAAAAGAAAUUAGAGAAGAGCUUCCAGUGAAUACCUCUAAAGUCCGUCCAAAACAGGAAAAAGCUUUUUCUUUGAAAACCAUAAGCACUAGUGAUCCAGCUGAAGCACUCGUCAAAAAUAGCCAGCCUAUCAAGACUCUUCCACCUGCUAUUUCUACCGAGCCAUCUGUUAUUUUGUCAAAAAGUGAUUCCGACAAGAGCUCUUCCCAAGUGCCACCGAUGCUACAAGAGUCAGACAAAUCCAAGUCAAGUACUAAGCAAAACAGUGUGCCUCCUUCACAGACCAAGUCUGAAACUAGCUGGGAAUCUCCCAAACAAAUAAAAAAGAAGAAAAAAGCCAGACGGGAAACGUGAAUUUUCUUUUCCUGAAUUGGACAUGUGUUUGCAAACACUGUCUAGAAGAUUAUGCUGUUUAUGCAAUAAUUUGUGAACAUGUACAGAGUUUUAUAUAAAUUUAAAACAGUUUUUAAAACAAAACUGUGAACACAACCACCAUAAAAAUGGAAUCAAAGGAAAGUUAAUUUAUGAAAUUAAGAGGUCAGCAGAAUAUACUACAGUGCUGGAAGACACUUGGGGAAAGUCUUUUCAAUUUGAUGAGAACGAUCUUAACUUAAGAAUAUUAUCCUGGUUUUACAGCAGUGCCCUGUUUACAACAGAUUGUGCCCUAUCUCAUCUGCAGCUGAGGAAUAAAGGAUUCUGAUUAGAGUGUUGCCUACAAAUUAGGCAGCUUCUUGGAUCUUAUGCAUGGAACUUAUACCAUUUGAAUCUGUUUUAUGCUUAAAGUGCUUUGAUCAAAUGCAUAAUAUGCCAUAUCUUUACAUAUUUGUUGGUAGCAAUUUGUAUUAAAGGAAUCACAAGUGCAAAUAAAAAGUCAUUUAUUGUUUGUUUAACUAAACUGUCAUGGUUUAGUUUACAAUUUUUAAAAAGUUUCUAAUUAAAACAUUGAAAAUGCAGUUGACUUACAUGGCUUAUGAAGUUAUUUUUGAUAGUCUUACAUUACUUGAAUUGUUCAAAGUACAGUAUAUUUUAAAUUAAGAAAGGUAAACUGUAUGUAUUCGUUUUAUACUUUUAAGGGUCAGAUUCACAAAUAAUGUUCUUGUUUAUAAUUUGAAAACUUUCAAGCAAAAUGCAACUUAUCUUUUUUCUUUCCGUAGCAAUCUUCAUUACUAAUACUUUUUUGACUUUAAAAAAGAAAUCCUUCACAAACUAAUUAUACAGACAGAACUUUGAGUAUAUGAUGGAGAAUGAAAAACUAGAGUCAGACAGCUUUAAUUGACAUUGUCAAGACCUCCAGUUAUCAGGAAUACAUUUUUUUACUGCCUUAACCUGUAGUGCGUAGUAUAUGCAUCAAUUUCUUGAAGGGGAUUCGUGUUUUUAUAAGAAAUUUCAUGUAAUUAUUGCAAUCAUGGUCAAAUAAGAAACGUUUCCUGCUUGAAACUGUAUUGAUUUAAAUGAUGUGUGAGACGUUUUACCAUUUUCAGGCACUGUGUAACUCUAUUGUAAUAAAAUGGCAGGUAUCUUUGUAACUAUAAAUAGUGCAUGCUCAGCCAUGUACACUGUAAAUAGCCUUUACCAAACGUGUUUGACAAGGACCAUAAUUAACAUCACUUAGUGAAUUGUGAUAAAGAAAAAAAAGCCAUGAUUUAUUUGAUGUGAUUGGCUUAAUUGUUUUUAUGUGGCUCCAAGAAUGAAACUGUUUAGCUGUAACCAAUGGUACUGAUCUAUCCAUCCAACGUUGUCUUUAUUAUAUUUGAUUGUGGUUUGAUAGUAUUGCAUUGUCAGACUAGGAAAGCUAAAGAAACAAAAUGGUUUUAGUUUUGCUGAAAACUGGCCUUAUUAAUGGAUAGCUUUCCUAACAAGCGAUUAUUAACUUAUCAGGUGUUAACAUCUGUUUCAGGAACAUAGCAGUAUGUUUACAUGUUAGAAGUUUUGUUUAAUUCUAUGAUAUUUCUAAAUUGAUUUGUUUAAAUAAAUUCAGCAAAUUGA